AUGGGCUCCGAUGUUUGUGCGCCCUUCAGGCCCGUGGUGUUCUACGAUCCCGCCGGACUGAGCAGCGGGCCAGCCAAGGUGUUACCGCGGGACCCGCUGCCCCUGCCCGCCCUGGUGCAGCACCGGCGCUGGCUGGCCGCGCGGGACAGAGAGCUGCAGCAGCAGCGCAAGGAUGCGGCAGAACCGAAGACCGACGGGGUGGCAAACUUCUCCAGCCGACUAAGGACGAAAAUAAGGGAAGGCAAGGGUGAUCUGGGCUUUUGGCGAGCGGCCAGAAACUCGCGCGCGCUGAAAGCGAGGCAGGAGUCUUUGCCUGGUCGAGCACACAGCGUUCUCGAACGAGUUGCAAAUGCCGACGUGGUCGAUCAUGGCGAAGCGGGGUCAGAUGCAUAUAGUCGAAGGGUUGCGGCAAGCGCACGAGCUCAGUCGGUGUGUUCGUUCCAUCAUCGAGAGGUCUCAAUACUGGAGACGACAGAAGAUACAGUUCAAGUUGACCAUGUUUGGAGGGAGUUCAUUUCGGGAUCGUCGAAAGCAGAAAAGGCAAGCACGUCAAGCUCCGCUGGGGAGGGCAAAGGAGCGACGCCAAAGAGGCCCUUCCGGAGGAGACGAGGAGAAAAGGAUUCGGAUUCACAAGAGACUUUGGGUUCAGAGAAAGAGAACAAAGUCGGUGCUUCAGGAUUGAACAGCAGGAAAGGUGCUCGCCCCAAAAGUGCGGGGGACUGGAAAAGACGGCCCAAGUGGGCACUCACGGAAGAAGACGUUGACGCGUUGGAUGCGGAAGAGGCGGACCGCUUGCUAGACUUUGUUCUUGGGCUAGACUUCUCGAGUUUCUGCGAAAAAGCGGACGGCGACCUGAGGAAGUCAAUCGAAAGAGUGGAACUGGAGGCUUCCGAAGCGGAAGAGCGGCCAGAAGUACCGCCUGAAAAUGACGUGGACAAGAGUGAAAAUCAGCCCGCGAGCAGCACGAGCGUCCCCGACGGUCGCUGCGACAGGCCCUCGCUGUCGUCCGCUGGCGAGGACACGUGGACGCUGGCAGCGGCACUCUGGCGGCAGGAGCGGCCCGUGCUGGGCGUGCACUCCACCGCCAGCAUCAAAACCCUCAUCGAGCAAGGGCGGCCGCGCACGCCCGCCGCUUGA